AUGGUUGAUUUUAACAGACGCUCUUUUUGGCACUUUUCAUUAAAAGAUAUAUUAGCUAUUAUAAGUUCAGUCGCGAUACCCAUAGCUCUUGCUAUUUAUACUUCAAUUAGCUCUGAACAACAAAAACAACAAGCUGAGAAAAAACAACAGUUUGAUUUUGAACAAUCAAGAGAAUUAAGACAACAAUCAAUUUAUGAUGGAUUUUUAAAUAAUACUUAUAAACUAGAUAAAGAUGGUUAUCUGAAUGACACAAGAAAUCCAUGGGCAUUUGCCAACGCAUAUUAUCGUGCUGCUCAUCGUCAAUGGGAUACAACGCGUAAAGCAGAUGUCAUACAAUUUCUUAAAGAAAAA